AUGGAGACAGAUCGCAGUUGGAUGUACAGGAGCCACACAAACGGGUUGCUAACCAUAGGGUACAAGGAUCAUGUGAAGGAGUUUAUCCGGUUUGCAUUACGGCAUCCGGCUUGUAUGAGUGGAGUACAGAUAAAAUGCCCCUGCCCUAAGAGAGGUUGUCGAAAUACAAGCUAUCGGGAUGUCGAUGAGGUGGAAUUCCAUCUAUUGAAGAAUGGGUUUGUGAAACGUUACCAAGUAUGGGUUUUUCAUGGCGAGGGGAGCGUUUUGAAUCCCCCUCCCCUUGCACAGUUACCAGAGCAGGAUGUUGAGUUCGACUAUGAAAAUGAGGGGCCAGGUGAGUUCAGUUUCGCUCAAAGAAUGAUUCUUGAUGCGGCCGGUCCAGAAAUAACGUUUCCUAAAGAUGAGCUCCCGAAUGAUGAAGCUCAAAAAUUUUAUGAUAUGAUGCGUGCGGCUGAAGAAGACAUAUGGCCUGGGAAUAGCAGACACUCUCCAUUUUCUGCAUCUACUAAAGUGAUGGAGAUCAAGUGUCGACAUAAGGGUUCAGUAGCUUUAGUUGACGACGUCUGCGGAUUGAUACAGGAGCUGCUCCCGGAGGACAACAAGAUGCCAACAAAUUUCGCUAAAAUUAAGAAGCUGGUCAUAGGUUUGGGGUUGCCGCUUGAGGUUAUUGACUGUUGUUUCUAUAACUGUAUGAUUUAUUGGGGGGAGGACGCGCAUCUAACGCACUGCAAAGUUUGUAAUUAUGCGCGGUGGAAACCUGUGACCCACGGAAAAUCCGUAAAAAGAAAGGCUAACGUGCCAUAUAGUAAAAUGUUGUAUUUUCCAAUAACUCCGAAGCUACGGAGGUUGUACGCUUCGAAAGCCACUGCUCGGCAUAUGACGUGGCACGCAGACUACGAGAUGGAUGGUGAUAAGAUGUGCCACCAGUCCGACUCUGCGGCUUGGAAACGUUUUAGUGAACUGCAUUCUGAGUUUGCCGAUGAAGGGAGAAAUAUCAGAUUAGGCUUAUGCUCCGAUGGGUUUCGGCCAUUUACCAAUUUUGGGCAGCAGUAUUCCUCGUGGCCGGUCAUUUUGACGCCGUACAAUCUCCCCCCAGGCAUGUUCAUGAAGGAUGAGUUUAUGUUUUUAAUGGUUUUGGUACCGGGGCCUAGAAACCCAAAACAUCUAAUGGAUAUCUUCCUACAGCCGCUGGGUGCAGAGUUGAACCAACUGUGGGAAUGUGGAGUCUAA